CGACGCCUAAUCAGCGUGUUUUGUUUCGUCUCGUAAUCCUCCUUGGCAUCUUCUUCCUCUCUUCCUCCUCCACCCUGUAGCUGUACAGAGGCUGCAGAGAGGAGCAGGAGCCUCCUGGCCAAUCAGCUCUCGCUCUUCCUUCCAAGCAACAAAAUCCUACGCGGAAGCCAUCCAAGAACCACAUUCCAGUCGGGAGAAGCAGCGAUUUGGAGGAAAUCUGAGGGGUUUGGGUCGCAAUUGGAGGACAGUGGUGAGCGGGGAUGGAAGGAGGAGGAGGGCAAGAGUUGUCGACGGACAACGUGAAGGGGAUUGUCCUGGCGCUCCUCUCCAGCGGCUUCAUCGGCGCCAGCUUCAUCAUCAAGAAGAAGGGCCUCCGCCGCGCCGCCGUCGCCUCCGGCAUCCGCGCAGGGGUUGGUGGGUACUCGUACCUCCUGGAGCCCCUGUGGUGGGUUGGCAUGAUCACCAUGAUUGUGGGAGAAAUUGCCAAUUUCGUCGCAUAUGCAUUCGCUCCGGCGGUUCUUGUUACUCCUCUGGGAGCACUGAGCAUAAUUGUUAGUGCAGUGCUGGCACAUUUUAUCUUGAAUGAGAGGCUGCACGCGCUCGGUGUUCUUGGUUGUGUGAUGUGCAUUGCAGGAUCAGUAGUGAUUGUUAUCCACGCUCCGCAGGAGCAAGAGAUUACUUCAGUGAGGGAAAUUUGGAACAUGGCAAUACAGCCUGCUUUCUUGCUCUAUGUUGCUUCAGUUAUAGUGGUGGUCUUUGUGCUAGUGUUCCAUUUUUCCCCUCUAUAUGGGCAGUCAAAUGUGUUGAUCUAUACUGCCAUCUGCUCUUUGAUGGGUUCUCUUUCGGUAAUGAGUGUUAAAGCUCUUGGUACAUCCUUAAAGUUGACGUUUGAGGGGACAAAUCAAUUGGUAUAUCCAGAGACUUGGUUCUUUAUGCUUGUUGUGGCCACUUGUGUGCUAACGCAGAUGAAUUACUUGAACAAGGCACUUGAUACAUUUAAUACUGCAAUUGUAUCUCCAAUCUAUUAUGUAAUGUUCACAACACUAACAAUACUUGCAAGUGUCAUAAUGUUCAAGGAUUGGUCUGGUCAAAGCCUUGGAAGCAUUACUUCUGAAAUCUGUGGUUUGAUUGUUGUGUUAUCUGGUACCAUUUUGUUGCAUGUGACAAAGGACUACGAAAGGAUUCCACAGUCCAGAAGUAUCUACGCACCAUUGUCUCCCUCCUUGACAACAAGAUUAAACGGAGACUUAUUGAAGCACGUCGAAGGUGAGAGAAACUCCGACGAAGAAAAAGCCCUAAGAAGGCAAGAGAUGUACUAGCUCCAGAAGAUUGAAGCGACCGUGAACAAUUCCGAUUGACGCUCGAGCUAGCAGUGGAAUCUUGACAGGAGUGAUGGCUGUGGUCUGUUGGUCUGUACAUAAUCAGACAUCUGCAGCAAAUUGAUCCAAAGGAUUGAAGGUGACUGCCUGCCUGUAAAUCUUGAGGUGGUUUUGGGUGUCUGCAGGGUUACUUCCAGUAGGUAGAAUCAAAGUUCGGUGCACAGAUUCUAUGAUUUUUUUUUCUUCUUUCCCCCUCAGUAUCCCCAGUUUUGUCGGCAUUUCUUUCUUGCCUCUUGUAUAAAAGAUUUGAGUGUGAGAGAUUGUAUUGCAACGGCGAAUGCUGUAAAUUAUAUUAUUAUAUUGUGCAACUGCCAUAAAAAACCAUCAAUAGUAAGUGGUUCAACGAUAACAUAACAGCAGGUAUAA